UCUGACUACGCUGAUGCCUGCUCCGAUCUACACGCCUUAAAAAAGAGCAGAUCGAACAAUCCAGCACCAUUCACAGAGUCCUGUCAACCAGUCCACUCAUCAUGGAUGUUGAGCUGUACGUCUAUGACCUUUCCAAGGGUCUUGCGCGAUUGUAUUCCAUGCCCUUGACUGGCACCCAAAUCGAUGCCAUCUACCACACCUCGCUGGUCCUCAAUGGGGUCGAGUACUACUACGGCCAAGGCAUCCAGACGGCUGUCCCCGGUAGCACACACCAUGGACAGCCGAUGGAGAAGCUGCAUCUGGGCCAAACGGAGCUCCCCCUGGACGUGAUUGAGGAAUACAUUCAGUCCAUGGCAGAAAUCUAUACGCCCGAGUCCUACGAUCUCUUCCUGCAUAAUUGCAACAAUUUCACCCAAGACCUGGCCAUGUUUCUGCUCGGCAAGGGCAUCCCGGAACACAUCCAAAACCUCCCGCAGACCUUCCUGAGCACUCCCUUUGGGCAGAUGAUGAAGCCACAGAUUGAGAUGGCCCUGCGUGGUGUCACUCAAGGCACUGGCACAGACGGUGCUCAAGCGCCGUCCGCCUCCAGACCAGCAGCAGCAGCAGCAGCAGCAGCAGCAGCGACCCCGGCCCAACAACCCUCCUCGCCGCCGGUUACCCAGGGCGUGGUCCGAAUGGCAAGCAGCCUGGCCCAGCUGGAGCAGCACCUCACCGCCGCCUCCCAAUCAUGCGCUGUCAUCUUCUUUACCUCCGCCACCUGUCCGCCCUGCAGGAUGGUCUAUCCCACGUACGACGAAUUGGCCGAGGAGGCCGGGGACCGCGCCAUCCUCAUCAAAGUCGACAUCAGCACGGCGAUGGACGUCAGCACGAAAUACCGCGUGCGCGCCACGCCCACCUUCAUGACCUUCCUCAAGGGCCAGAAGGUCGACGAGUGGUCCGGCGCCAACCCGGCGCAGCUGCGCGGCAACGUGCGCCUGCUGCUGGAGAUGGCCACCCCGACGCACCGUCACCGCCAGCUCCAUCUCCCCAGCUUCCAGCGUCACCUCCCCAACUACGUCACCUACAAGAAGAUCCCUCCACUCGACAAGCUCCGACAGAAGCUUCACCCCCGCACCGACGACUCCACGCUGACCUCCAUCCUCGACUUCAUCCAACGUCGCUUCAUCGCCACCAGCCCUGACUCUGCUGGUGCCGCCGACGUCGCCCUACCAACCUCCCUGCCAACCUUCGGCCCCUACCUCCAAACCACGUUAGGCACCCUCACCCCGGAGAACCAAUUCGCCCUCGUCGACCUCGUCCGACUCCUCUUCCUCGACCCCAGGGUAUCCGGCUGGUUCGCCGCCGAAGACCCGCACCACGAGCUCCUGCGCACGCUGCUGUCUUCGGCCAACACUUCCGCCGCCACAACCCCGUACCCCCUCCGCAUCACCCUCUGCCAACUCGCCUGCAACCUCUUCACCAGCCCCCUCUACCCCGACCACUUCUUGUCGCUGUCCUCCCAAACCAAUGUCCCGCAAAUCCUCCCCCUCCUCCUCAACCUAACGACCACCUCCCUCCUCGACCCGCACCCGAACCUGCGCAUCGUCGCCGCCUCCUUCGCCUACAACCUCGCCGCGCACAACCACAACGCCCGCUUCGCCGGGCAGCCCGACCCCCUCCCCACGGAGAUGCAGGUCGAGCUCGUCGCCUCGCUGGUCGAGGCCCUCGACCGGGAGACCCAGAGCCGCGAGGCGGUGCACGGGCUCCUCUUCGCGCUGGGGUUAUUGGUGUACGAGGCGCCCGAGGACGGGGAGGUCGUCGAUCUCUGCAAGGCGAUGGGGGUGCGGGAGAUGAUUGCGGCGAAACGGCGGAUUGUCGAGCUCCGGGGCGAGGAGGCGUUGAUGCGGGAGGUCGGGGAGGUGUUGUUGGGACGGGGGCUGUAGAGGGGUUCUUACUGCUUUAGAGAGGGCUCUGUAUUCUGUUCAGUCACUAGACUAGUUUCCUUAAUCAUUUUGUCAUUUUCACACGUCCUAGAGGGAGGGAGGGAGUUGGGAAGUAACGUGGACACAGAUUGGGAGGCGUACAGAAUCCGUUGAGGCUGUCAGAGAGUGUUAGUUAGUUACUAACUGCUACUCCUCUGCAUCUCCAUCUCACCCCAAUACGGUAUCCAAUUCUGCAUUCUACAUCUCGAUAACGACACAGCUAUCACCCGAGAUACCUCGAUAACCAGCAGCGGGAUAGCGAGCACCGCCUGCUUACGAAGAUAGGCUCCUCCAACCUUUUCGACUAUAGGAAGAUGAGGUUGGGUGGGAUCACUCGUUUUCUUACUCUGAACUCAAUCUCUGCCAGCAGUAUUCAAG